AUGCCCCUCAUCGACACCCGCCCACAAAACACCGUACCAACCCUUCGCUACCACCCCAACCACCUCCCAUAUCCGAAAAGCAACAAGACAAGAUCUCCGGCACAACCGAGAACAAAACGAAGAGGCAAACAGAACACCACUAACCGCCCCCCCCACCCCUCCAAUCUCCACACCCCUCCUUUGUCAUCCUACCUGCAUUAUCACCACGCCCACACCACAACCUCAACACCCGCAGCUGCCCUCUCCCGAUCCUCCCCAUCCAUCUGCCUUCUCGCCACCCCCUCUACCACUUACACCCCCCCCGCCCCGCCACUCUCUCCUCCCCCACUCCUCAACCCCUCCCGGCGCUCCACCGACCACCUCAGACACCCAAAUCAUCCCACCCACAAUUCGUCUCAGUCUCAGCGUCUCAGUCUCAGCGUCUCAGUCUCAGCGUCUCAGUAUCUGCGUCUCAGUCUCAACGUCUCAGUCUCAGCGUCUCAGUAUCUGCGUCUCAGUCUCAGCAUCUCAGUCUCAGCGUCUCAGUAUCUGCGUCUCAGUAUCAGCGUCUCAGUCUCAGCGUCUCAGUAUCUGCGUCUCAGUCUCAGCGUCUCAGUCUCAGCGUCUCAGUAUCUGCGUCUCAGUCUCAGCGUCUCAGUAUCAGCGUCUCAGUAUCAGCGCCUCAGUCUCAGCGUCUCAGUAACAGCGUCUCAGUCUCAGCGUCUCAGUCCCACAGUCUCAGUAUCUGGGUCUCAGUCUCAGCGUCUCAGUCUCAGCGUCUCAGUAUCAGCGUCUCAGUAUCUGCGUCUCAGUAUCUGCGUCUCAGUCUCAGCGUCUCAGUCUCAGCGUCUCAGUAUCUGCGUCUCAGUCUCAGCAUCUCAGUAUCAGCGUCUCAGUCUCAGCGUCUCAGUCUCAGCAUCUCAGUCUCAGCAUCUCAGUCUCAGCGUCUCAGUAUCUGCGUCUCAGUCUCAGCGUCUCAGUCUCAGCGUCUCAGUAUCAGCGUCUCAGUCUCAGCAUCUCAGUAUCAGCGUCUCAGUCUCAGCGUCUCAGUAUCUGCGUCUCAGUCUCACCGUCUCAGUAUCUGCGUCUCAGUCUCAGCGUCUCAGUCUCAGCGUCUCAUAUCUGGGUCUCAGUCUCAGCGUCUCAGUCUCAGCGUCUCAGUAUCUGCGUCUCAGUCUCUGCGUCUCAGUAUCAGCGUCUCAGUAUCAGCGUCUCAGUAUCAGCGUCUCAGUAUCUGCGUCUCAGUCUCAGCGUCUCAGUAACAGCGUCUCAGCGUCUCAGUCUCACCGUCUCAGUAUCUGGGUCUCAGUCUCAGCGUCUCAGUCUCAGCGUCUCAGUCUCAGCGUCUCAGUCUCAGCGUCUCAGUCUCUGCGUCUCAGUAUCUGCGUCUCAGUCUCAGCAUCUCAGUCUCAGCAUCUCAGUCUCAGCGUCUCAGUAUCUGCGUCUCAGUCUCAGCGUCUCAGUCUCAGCGUCUCAGUAUCUGCGUCUCAGUCUCAGCGUCUCAGUAUCAGCGUCUCAGUAUCAGCGCCUCAGUCUCAGCGUCUCAGUAACAGCGUCUCAGUCUCAGCGUCUCAGUCCCACAGUCUCAGUAUCUGGGUCUCAGUCUCAGCGUCUCAGUCUCAGCGUCUCAGUAUCAGCGUCUCAGUAUCUGCGUCUCAGUAUCUGCGUCUCAGUCUCAGCGUCUCAGUCUCAGCGUCUCAGUAUCUGCGUCUCAGUCUCAGCGUCUCAGUAUCAGCGUCUCAGUAUCAGCGUCUCAGUCUCAGCGUCUCAGUAUCUGCGUCUCAGUCUCAGCGUCUCAGUAACAGCGUCUCAGUCUCAGCGUCUCAGUCUCACCGUCUCAGUAUCUGGGUCUCAGUCUCAGCGUCUCAGUCUCAGCGUCUCAGUAUCUGCGUCUCAGUCUCUGCGUCUCAGUAUCAGCGUCUCAGUAUCAGCGUCUCAGUAUCAGCGUCUCAGUAUCUGCGUCUCAGUCUCAGCGUCUCAGUAACAGCGUCUCAGCGUCUCAGUCUCACCGUCUCAGUAUCUGGGUCUCAGUCUCAGCGUCUCAGUCUCAGCGUCUCAGUAUCUGGGUCUCAGUCUCAGCGUCUCAGUCUCAGCGUCUCAGUCUCAGCAUCUCAGUCUCAGCAUCUCAGUCUCAGCGUCUCAGUAUCUGCGUCUCAGUCUCAGCGUCUCAGUCUCAGCGUCUCAGUAUCAGCGUCUCAGUCUCAGCGUCUCAGUAUCUGCGUCUCAGUCUCAGCGUCUCAGUCUCAGCGUCUCAGUCUCAGCGUCUCAGUCUCAGUAUCUGCGUCUCAGUCUCAGCGUCUCAGUCUCAGCGUCUCAGUCUCAGCGUUUCAGUAUCUGCGUCUCAGUCUCAGCGUCUCAGUCUCAGCGUCUCAAUCUCAGCGUCUCAGUCUCUGCGUCUCAGUAUCUGCGUCUCAGUCUCAGCGUCUCAGCGUCUCAGUCUCAGCGUCUCAGUCUCAGCGUCUCAGUCUCAGCGUCUCAGUCUCAGCGUCUCAGUCUCAGCGUCUCAGUCUCUGCGUCUCAGCGUCUCAGUCUCUGCGUCUCAGUAUCAGCGUCUCAGUAUCUUCUUCUCAGUAUCUGCGUCUCAGUAGCUGCGUCUCAGUAUCUGCGUCUCAGUCUCAGCGUCUCAGUCUCUGCGUCUCAGUAUCUGCGUCUCAGUCUCAGCGUCUCAGUCUCAGCGUCUCAGUCUCAGCGUCUCAGUCUCAGCGUCUCAGUCUCAGCGUCUCAGUCUCAGCGUCUCAGUCUCUGCGUCUCAGCGUCUCAGUCUCAGCGUCUCAGUCUCAGCGUCUCAGUAUCUGCGUCUCAGUCUCAGCGUCUCAGUAUCAGCGUCUCAGUCUCAGCGUCUCAGUAACAGCGUCUCAGCGUCUCAGUCUCACCGUCUCAGUAUCUGGGUCUCAGUCUCAGCGUCUCAGUCUCUGCGUCUCAGUCUCAGCGUCUCAGUCUCAGCGUCUCAGUCUCAGCGUCUCAGUCUCAGCGUCUCAGUCUCAGCGUCUCAGUCUCAGCGUCUCAGUCUCUGCGUCUCAGUCUCAGCGUCUCAGUCUCAGCGUCUCAGUAUCUGCGUCUCAGUCUCAGCGUCUCAGUCUCAGCGUCUCAGUCUCAGCGUCUCAGUCUCAGCGUCUCAGUCUCAGCGUCUCAGUCUCAGCGUCUCAGUCUCUGCGUCUCAGCGUCUCACGUCUCAGUAGCUGCGUCUCAGUAUCUGCGUCUCACUAUCAGCGUCUCAGUAGCUGCGUCUCAGUAUCUGCGUCUCAGUCUCAGCGUCUCAGUAGCUGCGUCUCAGUAUCUGCGUCUCAGUCUCAGCGUCUCAGUCUCAGCGUCUCAGUCUCAGCGUCUCAGUAUCUGCGUCUCAGUCUCAGCGUCUCAGUAUCAGCGUCUCAGUAUCAGCGUCUCAGUCUCAGCGUCUCAGUCUCAGCAUCUCAGUCUCAGCGUCUCAGUCUCAGCGUCUCAGUAUCAGCGUCUCAGUAUCAGCGUCUCAGUCUCAGCAUCUCAGUCUCAGCGUCUCAGUCUCAGCGUCUCAGUCUCAGCGUCUCAGUCUCUCAGUAUCAGCGUCUCCACACCGCGCCCGGAGCCAGGCACUUCCUCUUUAAGACAGGCACCGGCACCACCCCUCUCUUCUCCACGGCCACGCCCGGAUACACCAUGGCAACCGGCUCCGUCUACUCACCGCCCACUAGACCCCUGCCCCGCAACACGCUGUCCCGCUCGGCCUUCAAGUUCAAGAAGUCCUCGAAGUACUGCUCCUGGAGGUGCACAGCCCUGAGUGCGGUGGGCCUGUCAGUCCUGCUGUCGGUGCUGCUGUGUUACUGCAUAGCCAUGCACCUCUUCGGCCUCAACUGGCAGCUGCAGGAGAGCGAGAGCUACGGCGCCUUCGAGAACGGCGGCGGGACUGCGCGCGACACCACUCCCAACACUAUCAUGGUGUCCACAGACAAUGGAAAAAUGUAUCUGGUAGAAAACAACACCAUCGACACGGGGGAAGUGGACGUGGGAAGACGAGCCAUACAAGAAGUCCCUCCAGGGGUCUUCUGGAGGUCCCAGCUCUACGUGGACCAGCCCCAGUUCCUCAAAUUCAACAUUUCGGUUCAGAGAGACGCUCUGGUGGGAGUUUACGGACGCAAAGGCCUUCCUCCAUCUCACACACAGGUACCACACCAACAGCUAUAG